AUGUCCAACGAGCAAAUCGAGUCUCAUCCAAGUGAGGAGUUGGGUCGGAGCUUCCGGGUAGACUUAAUCCAGAUGGCCCGAGCCCUUAAUGAGGCGCAAGUGCGACAUCUUGUUUUCGGUUACUCUGCUGUCAGCCUUCUUCCCGAUGAUCCCGGCCAUGAUGGGUCUGGCGUCUAUCAUGAGAUCGAGUUGGCCGUCCCUCGUGACAAGACACUGUCGAGCUUCCGCCCGAUGAUCCUGAACACGACAAUCUUGAACACCAUGAUUCUGAACACGAGUCUGGCAACGAUCCAGUAA